AUGGAAAACCCUAGAAACGGUUAUUUGAAUGAUGAAGACGAGGAAGAUCCCGGGAGUGUUGACUCAACCGAAUCACGAUGGGUUUUCCAGGAAGAUGAAGAUCCGUCUGAGAUCGAUGAAUACGAUGCUUCUGAUAUUCGGCAUCAAUCUAUGUUCGAUUCCGAAGAUGAAGAUAAUGCUGAUCAGAGGCUUAUUCGUACUGGUCCUCAAGUUGAUUCGUUUGAUGUUGAAGCUCUUGAGGUUCCUGGUGUUCAUACGCAUCACUACUAUGAGGAUAUGACCAUGGGAAAGAAAAUUGUGUUGGCUUUUCAAACUCUUGGUGUUGUCUUUGGUGAUGUUGGAACAAGUCCAUUAUAUACCUUCAGUGUUAUGUUUAGAAAGGCUCCUAUUAAAGACAAUGAAGAUAUUAUUGGGGCAUUAUCACUUGUCUUGUACACUUUAAUCUUGAUUCCUUUGCUCAAGUAUGUUUUUGUUGUUCUUUGGGCAAAUGACGAUGGUGAAGGUGGUACAUUUGCAUUGUAUUCCUUGAUUUGUCGUAAUGCUAAGGUGAAUCUUCUUCCCAAUCAGUUGCCGUCAGAUGCACGUAUAUCAGGCUUUAGGCUAAAGGUUCCGUCCCCUGAGCUCGAAAGGUCUUUAAAAAUUAAGGAAAGGCUAGAGUCUUCAUCGAAUCUAAAGAAGAUCCUACUAUUAUUAGUUCUUGCUGGUACUUCUAUGGUCAUAGCUAAUGGGGUUGUUACUCCAGCAAUGUCAGUACUAUCAUCUGUUAAUGGCUUGAAAGUUGGGGUAGCUGCCAUUAAGCAAGAUCAAGUGGUGAUGAUUUCUGUUGCUUGCCUUGUCGUUUUGUUUAGUGUACAGAAGUAUGGAACAAGUAAAGCCGGGCUUGCUGUAGGACCUGCACUAUUUUUAUGGAAUUCAACUAAAGCAUGGUAUUCUCUCGGGGGCUGUCUUCUGUGUGCAACUGGCUCUGAAGCCAUGUUUGCAGAUCUUUGCUACUUUUCUGUUCGGGCAGUUCAGCUUACAUUUCUGUUUCUUGUUUUGCCGUGCCUACUAUUGGGUUAUUUGGGUCAAGCUGCAUACCUUAUGGAACACCAUGCUGAUGCUGGCGAAGCCUUUUUUACUUCUAUUCCAAGCGGUGUAUUCUGGCCAACUUUUCUCAUUGCUAAUAUUGCUGCACUAAUUGCAAGUCGGACUAUGACAACGGCUACAUUUUCUUGCAUAAAACAGUCAACUGCUCUUGGUUGUUUCCCGCGUCUUAAAAUAGUUCACACUUCUCGGAAAUUUAUGGGUCAAAUCUAUAUUCCUGUCAUAAACUGGUUCCUGCUGGCUGUUUCUGUGGUGUUCGUCUGCUCUAUAUCCAACCUAGAUGAGAUUGGAAAUGCAUAUGGCAUUGCUGAGCUGGGGGUAAUGAUGAUGACCACCAUUUUAGUCACUCUUGUUAUGCUUCUUAUAUGGCAGAUGCACAUCAUCGUAGUGCUGAGUUUCCUGGUAGUAUUCCUGGGUUUGGAGUUGGUUUUCUUUUCAUCCGUUUUGUGGGGCAUAACUGAUGGAAGUUGGAUUAUAUUGGUCUUUGCUGCAAUAAUGUUUUUUAUAAUGUUCGUCUGGAACUAUGGAAGCAAGCUCAAGUAUGAAACUGAAGUCAAGCAAAAGCUAUCAAUGGAUUUAAUGCGAGAAUUGGGCUGCAAUCUUGGGACGAUACGAGCUCCUGGAAUUGGUCUACUUUAUAACGAGUUGGUCAAAGGAAUUCCAGGAAUUUUUGGGCAUUUUCUAACCACACUUCCAGCAAUACACUCCAUGGUUAUAUUUGUGAGUAUCAAGUUUGUUCCAGUUGCUAUGGUGCCUCAAAAUGAAAGGUUUCUAUUUCGACGAGUUUGCCAGAGAAGCUAUCAUUUAUUUCGUUGUAUUGCCAGGUAUGGUUACAAAGAUGUUCGCAAAGAAAAUCACCAAGCUUUUGAACAGCUUUUAAUGGAGAGUUUAGAGAAGUUUAUACGCCGUGAGGCUCAGGAGAGAUCACUUGAAAGUGAUGGGGAUGAGGAUACUGAUUUAGAUGAUGAGUACUCUGGUACUAGAGUUCUCAUACAUCCGAAUGGGAGUGUUUACUCACUCGGUGUUCCUCUUCUAGCUGAUUUUAAUGAAACCUUCAUGCCUACUUUUGAACCUAGCACGUCAAAGGAUGCACAUCCUUCGUCGCCCAAACCCCCUGCGCUCGAUGCAGAGCAGGUUCUAGAAAGAGAGUUAUCUUUCAUACGCACGGCUAAAGAAUCAGGAGUGGUUUAUCUUCUUGGUCAUGGAGAUAUAAGGGCAAGGAAAGAGUCAUGGUUUAUGAAGAAACUAGUUAUAAACUAUUUUUAUGCCUUUCUUAGAAAGAAUUGCAGAAGGGGGAUCACAAAUUUAAGCGUACCACAUUCACAACUAAUGCAGGUUGGAAUGACUUACAUGGUUUGA